UCCAGCUCUAUCCCAUGCCAAAGGCUUGCUGGAGCAAAUUAUGUCUACAUCGGGCCUUGAAAGAUACGGAUAAUGUCGUCCAGGGAUGGGGUCAGCAGGAAUUCUGUGCGUGGGCAGGACAGCAAGUGGGAGAGUCUGCCUAGAUCUGAGGCUGCAGGGAAGAAAGGGGAGGGGGAGGGGAGACUGAGCAAGAAGCCUGGGUUUCAGCCCUCAGGGAACAAGGUUGAGACCUUUGCUCACACUGUUUGCUCAUUCUUUCUGAGACUGGCAACAAAAGACUCAGUGGGGAGGUUGAGAGGGGGUUGAACUGGAAAGAGGGCCUAGGUUGGACGCAAGAGACCGGAAAAUGCAAGCUAUCUGGCUCAUCUGUAUGAAAGUAUAUACCUAGGAGGUCAUUAAUCUCUUGAACAGAACCUAUCCCAGAGACGGCCACCUACUCAUUGCUCCCUGGCCCACCAGACAAAAGCUCCACCUCCCUAGGAGGCCGAGCAGGGAUCAGAUGACACCACCAAACAGAUGCGGAAACUGAGGCCCAGAAAGAAGUGACUUGCCCAAGACCACACAUAAGUUCAGGGCACACAUUCUUCCCCCAAGCCUAAGGUUUUCUCUUACUGGGCCUGCCCUCCUCUCUUGUAUCCCAGGAAAUAAUGCUACGGCUGAAGAAAAGACGCACCCAGGCAUUGAUCUUGCUGGCCUUAGCUGCUGGGGUCCUAAUUUUCCUCAUCCAAGACCAUUUCUCGGAGCUCUCCUAUAAGACUCGUUGGCAAGACUUGGGGAUGUCUGAGCCCAAACACCAAAUAGUUCUGGAGCCCCAGCAACAGCAAAGGGUCCCAGAGCCCCAGACCUCAGCCCUCCCUCAACGUCUUCUGGUCCCCUGCUUUGCCAAUGCCUCUGUGGCCAACGUGUCUGGCUUCUCAGCCCAGCCCAGGCACAUCCAGGACUUCCUCCUUUACAAACAUUGCCGACACUUCCCGAUCCUUCAGAGUGCCCCUGCAAAUAAGUGUACAGGGUUCCCUGGGGGCGUGGGCCCUGUCUUCCUCUUGCUGGCCAUCAAGUCCUCACCUAAGAACUACGAGAGGCGGGAUCUCAUUCGUCGGACAUGGGGGCAGGAGCGAGAGGUCAACGGGGCCACCAUCCGCCGGCUUUUCUUGGUAGGCACUGAGCCUCGUUUCCUGGAAGCUCAAAAAGUAAACUGGCUCCUGGCCAUGGAGGCCCAGGCCCACGGUGAUAUUCUGCAGUGGGAUUUCCAUGACACUUUCUUCAAUCUGACCCUGAAGCAGGUACUGUUUCUGGAGUGGCAGGCUGUGCAGUGCCCUGAUGUUUCCUUCAUCUUCAACGGCGACGAUGAUAUUUUCGCCCACACAGACAACAUGGUGGUGUAUCUGCAGGGUAACAGAGCAGACAAGCACCUGUUUGUAGGCUAUGUCAUCAGCAACGUGGGACCCAUCCGUGUGCCACAGAGCAAGUACUUUGUGCCAGAGCUGGUGAUGAAGGAAAAUAAGUACCCCCCCUAUUGUGGAGGCGGUGGGAUCCUGAUGUCUAAAUUCACGACAGGAGCCAUCCGGCACGCCUCCCAUGUGAUACCUCUCUUCCCGAUCGACGAUGUUUAUCUGGGCAUGUGCCUGGAGCGUGAAGGGCUGGCUCCAGCCAGGCACAUGGGAGUGAGGGUGACAGGUAUCCAAUCACCGUCACCACGCAUAGGGUCCUUUAACCCAUGCUUCUACCAAGACCUGCUGCUGGUCCAUCGUUUCUUGCCCUAUGAGAUGCUACUAAUGUGGGACGCCAUCAAGAAUCCAGAUCUGGAAUGUAGCAAGUCAAUAUUAUACACCCCAAGUAACUGAGGGUUGUUCCAGAGGACCAGAUGGUCAGACUGGGUGAGAGGCCCCUGAAGAGACUGACCCAGCACGUGACACUCAGAAGAGCAGAAGCCAGGAUAAGAAACUUCAAAGCCAGCCGUGUGACCUUAGCCAGGUCACUUCCCCUAAUCAGAACUUCAGCUUUUUCCUUUGUAAAACUGGGGAGGGCACCCAACACUACCUACCUCACAGGGUUGUUACAAAGAACAUGUUUUAUAAGCUAUAGAAAGGUGGGUUUUCACUGGGGGAGAGAGGGAACAUCGAGUCUCUGUGGUACCCCCAACUAGAAUGACCUUGGCUGAGUCCCCUAUACCCCACCUCAGUUUCCUCAAUUGGCAAAAUGGGAAAAAGAGUCCCUGCCCUGCCUGGUGAGGAUGAGAGCAGAUGACAGCUAGGACCAGGGCACAGAGUCACAGUUUGAGGGAGAGCAUCAGAGGCUAAGAUUAUUAGCUUGAAGAAGGGAAGUGGGUUUUCUCCAUACUCUGCCCCCUAAAAUGAAGGAAGGAAGGGAGGAAGGAAGGAGGGACAUUUAUCUGCUCUGUGCCAGGCAUCAUAGUACCUAG